AUGGCCCAUCAUAGGGCAUUUGCCCAUACUAGCAAAAUCCCAUCUUCCUCACAAGACACUGGCGUGUAUGGACCGGUCUUCACCGUCAGGCUUGGGUUGUUCCCGGCCAUAGUGGUUAGUAGUUCCGAGGUAGCCAAAGAAUGUUACACACAACAUGAUCUUGCCCUUGCAUCUCGUCCGAAGCUAUUAGCCACUGAAGUUUUGGGCUACAACUAUGCCUUUUUUGUGUCGGCUCCUUACGGUCCGUAUUGGCGUGAAGUGAGGAAAAUCGCCACCUUGGAGUUGCUCUCUAACCGGAGGAUUGAGUCAUUGCUCAAGCCUAUAGUGGCGUCGGCGACAGAUAUUGCCAUUAAAGAUUUGCACAAGCUUUGGACUGAGAAGAAGAAUGAAUCAGGCCAUAUCUUAGUUGACUUAAAGCAGUGGUUUGCAAGGUUGACUAUGAACAUUCUCCUUAAAGUUGUAGCUGGUAAGGGCUGUUACAGUGGCGUUGCUGCGGCCGAUGAGGAAGAGGAGAGGCGGUGCCACCAUGCCCUGAGGGAAUUCCUCCAAUUCCUGGGGACGUUCACCGUGGCAGAUGCUCUUCCAUUCUUGAUUUUAAAAUUAUGUCUCGAUUUUUUUGCUGGAAAAGAAGAAAUAUAA